AUGUUUCAAAAUCAAUCAACGAUAAAUUCAGAGAAGACUUUCACAAAAAUCGAUCCGAUCCUCAACUGCGAUGUUUCAUUGGCCAAUGCAUUACCUACAAAUCUACUUCCGUCGCAGAUGUCGUGCUUGACAGAAAUCGAACCCAGUAUUGAUCUAUCUGUGGAUCAUCUACUAUGGGAUUCGAAUAUUUUUGACGAGCAUGAUUUCUUUGAUAAAAACAACUUAGCUGACUCAUCUAUGGACUCGUAUAUCUUAGAUUCAAUUCAAGAAUUACUAACUUCUGGCUGCGAUCUAUUUGAUCAACCUACCGAUUCUGUACAAAUGCCAGAAAAUAAAACGACUAUUUUAAAUGCAAGCAAUACAAACUCAAAUCUUCCCUUUGUAUUUGUACCUGAUAAAACGACAGAAUCAAAUUCGACCGAUUCUGAGCAAGAUGAAUGCAAUCGAAGAGAUCCCAAAGCCAACUCUGCUACUAUAGAAACUUGGACUCGAUUCGGUAACAGGAAAGUAAUUAAAUAUUCGGAAGAAUAUCGUAUUCGACGAUUGGACAACAAUAGAGCAGUGCAGAAAGCUCGGCAAAAGGCAAAAGAGAAAGACAAAGCAAAAAAGCUGAAAAUGUCCAUAUUAAUCAAUCAAAAUCAACGAUUGACUUCUCGAGUUGAUCAACUCACAAAAGCGUUGGAAUCUCUCAAAGCUGCGUGCGAAGAGUUGACUCGAGGAUCAUCAAUAGAUAGUAGUUGA